GACGACGCGUCCGUUCUCGGACAUCCUUUUUGUCCGUGGUUCGUGCUGAUAACUUCAUUACCAGGGCGGAGAUCUUUGAUAUAUUUGGGACGGGAAAAAGUAUGCCACGUCGCCAAUGCUCGCAGCUCGCUCUUCACCUCGUUCCUCCACACAAAGCAAUGUGCCAGAAGGCCCACCACUACAACCAACCGAGAGCGUUAACGGUGGCCUGAACCGCCGGACCAACAGCGGGGCCCAUACCCCUUUCCGGUCAAGCAACACCGUAGUUUAUGCUUCGUCUACCCAACGACGUGCAUUCAGUGACCAACCGAAUACCGCAUACGGAAGUCCUGCACAUGCGCCGUUUCCCAUUGCCAUGGCAGGCUAUCGGCCAGAUUCUCGGCAAUUCAGUGAUAAUGGCCGCAAUACCACUCCAGCCAAAACUUGGAAGAAUAGCGAACGUGGUCCCUACGGGACUCCGUUUCCCGCUCAGGAAGAGCAGAUAUUUUCUGAAGACGAUUCUGAGUUUGUGGACGACGAGUUCAAGCGUCUUGUAGAGGAAUUGGAUAAUGAAGAAUUCACUCAAUUGAACGGCUUCAUGGACCGGCAUCAAAACGCAUUCGACAGUGUUCCGCGACAUACCGCGCACUCUACUGACAUAAAACAUGAGGAAGAGCAAUCGGAGGAGGAGAUUAGUUUAGAGGAACAGUUCCCGCAAGACCAACACGACGAGCCUCUAUACACUUCCGAGCUACCCACCUCAACCGCUCCGCCCGACGAGGGAUACAGUACCCAAAAUUAUUUGAACGCUCCUACGUUGGAGCUUUUGGAUGCAGAACUGGAUGAUCUUGAUGAUGAAGGACAAGGAAAUUAUGUGCAUGACCAAGAUUUUUCCAAACUGGAAGGCUUGACGGAUCUUGAGAUUACAGGCCUAGAACGAGACACGGAGGACGUGCGUUACGAUGAAGCUAUAAAGGGAUCUCCUAAACAUUAUGGAAGGGACAUCCGAACGCAGUUGCCAGAACCCUGGGAUUCGUCUUUGAUGGGAACCCCGACGCCAGUGGGGGUUGGGGGCCAAAAUCAGCGAGGAGAAUCACUCGUUUCUUCAGAAAAUAGGCAAAGCCAAUAUAAAGAUCCAGGUCCUUACGAUACCGCUUCAGCCAAACAUUCUUUAGCGACUCGGGAUAUUGAAAGCCCUGAGAGCUCUCUUGGUGUACUGUCACCUGAAAAUGAGCAUUUCAACGACAAUAUUGGGUACAUAUCUCCAUCCCCUACUCCGCGACCUCAUCACCAGGGACGGAUGGCCGCUCCUGAGUUGAAAGCCUUUCCUUCCCCAUUCGGAGCUACCGUGGACCAAAUGUCUUUUACUCAACAUGAUGAAAAUAACAGUCCGUCACAGCCGGAGCAUGCAACCCACGCGCUAGAGUCGCCCUAUCAAGAGGCGUCGACGCCCCAUCUGCGAAUUGCUGGAGGGACGGACUCGUCACCUUUCCAAGACAUGCUUAUCGAAGCCCGUAAUGAAUGUCAAAGUCUCAGAGCUCUCAAUGAGCGACUUCUGCAGCAAAAUGAGGAACUAAAAGCUAAUUUAGACGCUGCAAUGGACGAUAAGAGACAAUUUGAAAUCAAUCUGCGCGCAGAAUACGAGCAAAAGCUGCGAGCCGUUCGCCAAGAAGAAUCAGAGAAGAACCAACUGUUGCAGCAGGAUCUAGCUUCUGUGAGAGAAGAGCUUGAAAAAUCCCGCAUAGCCCAGGAUCAAAUGGCCUCGAUUCGCAGUACUUUGCAACGGGAGAAGGACCUGGAUAUUUUGAGCAUAAAAAAGGAGCUCGCAGCGCAAAAGGAGCGUCAACUAAAAGAACUUCGUCGCGAAAUGGCAGUGGAUAAAGAGGAGCUUUCGAGAAAGCUAAAGGAGGAAAUGAGAAUCCAGGAAAACAAUUUCCACAAUGAUAAGGAACGCCUCGAGAACGAAAUAAGCAGAUUGCGAAAGGCAGUGAUGCAGCGCGACGAUGACCUUGCUCAGCUGGAAGAACGCCUGUACACGAGAUCGAGGCGUCCUGAUAGGGAGGACUUUGGUCAACAGUAUGACGGUUAUUCCGACAUGGUGCAGCAUUUGGAGAGAGAGAUUUCACAGAUUAGAAGUAGCUAUGAAGCUACGCUUUCCGCUGUUCAGAGUCAGCUGGAUGGAGAGCGAAAACGUUCGGACGCACUAAAACAUGAGCUCACCGCGCGCGCCAACAUCCCUUCAUCUCCAAAAAACCUCUCUCUGAAUGAACUUAUGGUAAACUACCCGACUCAGCUACGGCAAUUUCGGGAAACUGUAGAAAGGGAGCAUUCGGAGGAACUGUCUGCCCAGAAAGCUGCUCAUGCGACUGCGUUGCAGAAUAUGAUGGAUCGACAUCAGACGGCAAUGUCCGAAGCGGCGUCACGGAAUGAGGAGGAGCGGAUGAAAUUGGUGGCGCAACAGCGACAGGAGAUACUGCACAUCACGAGUCGGCUGAAGGAACAGUGUGCGCAAGCCUAUGACCUUGCCAUCCAGAAGCUAAAAGCAGAUUAUGCAAAAUCCGAGGAAAAGUUGGCUGAACGAUAUGCCGCAGAGAAAGCGGCGUUCGUGAAUGAGGUGAAAAUAAAGUAUUCGGCACUCGGUAGCUCUGGAAGAUAUACAGAGAAAGAUGAGCGCGGUGAGAUGUGGCGGAAUCGUGUACAAGAACUUGAGGAUACUGUGAGUUCGCUCAAAGAUGCCUUGGCGCGAGCUGCUCUCGAGCAUAAUCAAGCGUUGCUGGAUGCAAAACACCGCAAUACGCGCGAUCUUCAGGAGAGCCUGCAGAAAAUGAAAGGCAAAUAUCUAGACACGUUGAGAACGAUGCGAGAUGAUUUGGCGAGGAGCAAGCAACAAGGUUUGGAGAGGUUGGAGAUGGAAUGGCGAAGGAGAAAGGAACAACUAGACAUGGAGUGGGAGAAGAAGCUAGAGGACGUGGUGUCGGGAUACGAGGAUCGCAAAGUGCGCACGUUUACCUCGAAUUCUCCACCUCGAAGCAACGGUUAUGCUGUCCACCGAACUGUGCCAGAGUCAAAGCGGGGUCCACCUUCAUCGAGUUCCUCGGCUACAAAUGGGGUGGAUAUCAACAGAGCAGCUUGGAAACCACCAGGUGGCAGUAGCAGGUUAAGGUCAAGUGCCACUGGCACUCGCAUGAAACAAACGCGCUUUCAUGAACCAACCCGAGAUCGGUGAUCUUCACCGCGCUAUACACUGGUGGUCGUAAUUUAAUGUAAUAUAGAGUUUUUGCUAAUAAUGUACAUAUGGACUACAACAUGUAUUCCACUGCUUUUGGCGCGAAAACGGAUUAUCAACA